AUGCACCUACCCUGUCAAGGGCGCAGGAGAAUGGCGAAGUGCACGGAAGACGGGAUAAUGGAGCAGGCGGAGUGCAGGCAGCGCUGGUUGACGGGAGAGCGAGCUAUACAAGCGUCCAAAUGGGCUUGGGAGCCGCUCAACGAAUCCCGCCAUCUCAAAGCUCGCCGAGGUCCUCUGCCGGGGUGUCUCCUCACGCUAUCGAAGGUCGCAGUGGACUUGCUCAGACGCAGCGCGGUGACGGCGCGGUCGAGUCCCGCGGCGCACAAAGAAUGUCAACUCGGCGCGGGCGUCGCGAGAUCCGCCGGCGGCGGACUGCAAACACGCAAGACGGCUGGUAACUCGAAGGUCACAGUACUCGCUUGUUGA